AUGCCCACAUCAAAAAGCGAGUCAAUCAUCAUCGUGGGCGCUGGCGUCUUCGGUCUGUCCACGGCGCUAGAGCUCAAGCAGCGCGGAUACAGCGACAUCACAGUAUUGGACCGCUACACACCUCCUGCAGUCGAUGGAAGCAGCGUGGAUAUUUCCCGCAUUAUUCGAAUUGACUAUGCGGAUCCGUUGUAUUGCAAAAUGGCCGCCGAGGCUUACCAAGGGUGGAAGACUGAGUACGCCGACCAUUACUACGAGUCCGGUUUCGCUCUUCUAUCAGAGGACGCCAACAAUGACUGGAUUGCAAAGUCUGCCGCGACUGUCAAGGCAAAUGGAGGCACAGUAGAGGAUCUGCCUGAUGCGACCCAGCUCCUCAAGUCAUAUCCGAACAUCCAGUCCAACCUCUCUGGUCUGAACGGGUACCUCAAUCGGCGAGGCGGCUGGGCCGAUGCUGCGGGCAGUAUCCAGAAGCUGGCUUCUCGAUGCAGCGUGGAGGGCAUUUCAAUAAUUACUGGACCCCGCGGCACCGUCCUCUCCUUGCUACAGGAAGGCUCUCGUGUUGUCGGCGUCAACGUGCUUAGUGGUGGAACCAUUCGCGCGUCCCAGGUCAUUCUCAGCACCGGUGCUUGGACGAAUAGACUCCUGAAUGUUGCACACGCUGCUUCGUCUUCCGGUCAGCCGGUUGGAUUCAUCCAGUUGACCCAAGAAGAAGCUCGGGCCCUGGAAAAUACGCCCGUCAUGAUCAACAUGAGCACUGGUAUCUUCUGCUUCCCGCCCACCCCUGGAUCGAACAUUCUCAAGCUUGCCCGCCAUGGAUACGGCUAUGCCAAUGAGACGACAACCUCCAACGAUGGUAACAGAACAAUUUCUUCGCCCAAACUGCAAAGCAGCAAUGCACAGACUGGAUACAUCCCCGACGACGCCGAUGAUGGUCUGCGUGACGGCCUGCGUCGCUUCUUCCCAAAAUUUGCAAAUCGGCCUUGGUCGAACCGUCGUCUGUGCUGGUACACCGAUACCCCCAAGGGUGACUUUAUUAUCGAUGACCACCCGAGCCUGAAGGGUCUGUUUGUGGCUACCGGUGGAGCUGGACAUGGAUUCAAAUUCCUUCCUGUCCUCGGCAAUUAUAUCGCAGACUGCUUCGAGGGCAAGGCGUCCAAGGAUCUUCGUGAGAAGUGGAGAUUGCUUCCGUCUCCUGGUGACUCUAAGGAGUACAACAUGGCGGGUGACGGUAGCCGUGCCGGCCCUCCUCUGAGAAAGCUCAGUGAUCUGGAAAAGUCGAAGCUGUAA